CAACAAUUGUACAAUAUAAGAAAUGUUUUGUAAAAAAAACAACAAAAACAAAAAAGUAAUUAUUCAUAAUUUGUGUGUGGCACUCACGGGUUUGAAAUUAUUUUGUUAAAUGUUGUUGCUUUUCUUUAAGCGUUUUGAAAAAAGUUUUGAAGCGUGUUAUUUUUUGUUGUUGUAGCCGCAUUAUUCCUCAAAUAUUGGUGUUUAAAAUGAUAAAAUUUGGUCUUUUAUAUAUAUGGGUACUGCCCUUCACGCAGUUCUAAUAUACUGGGAGUGAUCUGCGGUGUUUUCUUUAGCUUAAACUUACUGUGUGUGUGUAUAUAUAUAUGUAGUAUCGUUGGCGCUCGUGAGUGUGUGUCAAGCUACUUCCGGCGGAUGCAGUUUUUGUAGGUUAUGUAUAAUUUAUUUGCAUACUUGUGAAUAUUUGUGUAGUUUACAGUUGUAAAAACAGUUAUGUUAUGUAAAUAUUAUGUUAUUUCAAAAGUGUUGAAGCUGUAAUAUUUAAAUUUUUUACAAAUUAUAUGUUAUUUGUGGAGAAUACAAUAGCAUUCAAAAUGUCAACGCUCAAUAUAAUUUGCAUUAAUAACACAAAACUCACCACACUGUGGUCUACUACAGCGUGAAUUGCCCCAACAUGCCCACAAAUUGCUUAGCGUAAGUAUUUAUGUUAUUACCACAACAGCAACAAUAACAACAACAAAGAGGGGGUUGUUGCACUUUUUUUUCGGAAUUUCGAGUUCAAAAUAACUUGUCAAAUCACCUGUAGUGCGCACAGCUGUUUCGUUUUAUAGUGGGAGUAGGUGGGCGGCAAAACGGCUGCCAUAACAGACAUGCGCACUAGUUAGUUGGCGAAAUAAAAGUUAAUUUGGUCAACAUGCCGAAAGCAUCAAACGUGUUUGCUGGUUGAUAGUGAAAAAGUGAUUUCAUAAAGGAAAUAUAGUUAUUAAAUUCCUUUAUUUGUGAAAUUUUCAAAUAACAAAAUGUAGUGUUGUGAAGGUAGCGUUGUGCUUUUGUUAAAAUUAAUAUUGAAAUAAUAACAACAAUGCUGUUGGAGACUAAUUAAUUUGCUUAAAGGACACUUGUGCUAAUCUAUUGGCAAUCUAUAUAUAAACACAUACAUAUGUAUAUAGAAACACACGCACAAAAGCACUACCACUUGUGUGCUAAGUGUACAAAUAACAGUGCAAAGUAAUUAGUCAGCCAAGUCUCGCGCACAAAAUUACAAUAUUAACUAUAUUUGUCUGUAUGUAUGUAUGGCGAUAUAUAAAAUUUACUACUAUCGAGCCGCAAUCGAUUGAUUGCAUAUUUGGCAUGCGAAACACACAACACGCUGCAAGCAAACGGCGUAAAACAUAUGCCAAUUAAACGAAAAAAUCGAAAAAUAAAUAUUAAAAAAAAAACGAAUAAUAAUAAUUUCAUACAAGUGUGUGCUGAGCGUUUUAGUUGCGUUUUAUAACGCUUCGUGUGCAGUACAAAAUUGAAUUGAAUUCAAUACAUUUGGUAUGUCCAAGCAACUAAGCACCUUGACAGGCACGAAUUGACAUUCGGCUUUACGCAGUUAAAACGUGAAAAUAAUAAUGUGAUAAUGCUUGAACUGCAUAAUAUUGGUGGAAAAAAUUAGUUGUAAACCAAAACAUUUGAAUCAAAAAAAUAAUUUUUUAACUCGAAAAAAUGUCUUAAGACAUCACCGCAGCGCAGUUGUGACAUGAAAAACCGUUUUUGUGUGAAAAUCGUGUGAACUAUAACAGUAUAACGUCAUCGAGUCAACGUUAACGUGCAAGCAGUGACCUUUGCCACCCGCCAACAAACCCAAACAUAUGUCACGCGCAUUGUGGAGGCAACCCACAAGCGCGCAGUUAGCGAAGAUAACGGUAAAAACAACAAUAAUAAUAACAGAAACAAAAACAAUAGCGCAACAACAACAACAAUGAACAAUACAAAGUGGAAUACACGCAGCUUUAAUAGCACACGCUAUCACUCACCGAGUCAGCAGGAGGCCACAAUGCGACGCAGUCUCGAGGAGAUCUCCAAGGAUAUCAAGGAGAUUGAAAAUGUCAUUACCGCCACCGAAAUAGCUGUACGUAAUGCCAAUAAAGCCGAACCACCACUGCGGCGACGUCGCAGCAAAGCGUUGCCGAAUAAGGAGAAUAAAACACCGAGUCCGACGACGCGUCAGACGCAUAGCGGCACGCAGCGCUCAUCGCCGGUCACUUUUAAAGUGCAUUCCUUCAAGCGGCAACGGCAGAAGAUGCGCAGUCCACGUCUCACUAAUUCUAAACUCUACUUUCGCAAUGGACGCAUCGGUUGUUUGGAGGCCGAUCAGCAUGGUUCCAAUGUACAGAGCACACACGCGCUGGUGAAGGAUAUUUUGAAGUAUGUGCAUGAGAAGCCGCUUGUGAGUCCGGAGAGUGUGCGUCGUGUGUUGAAUGGCACAAAGACACCGUCACCAACGGCGUCAACAACAACAUCGACGCCGACUACACCGACCGCAGUUGAAACUGAUGCGGCGUCUGUUGAGCAAGCGCCAGCGCAAGUUUGUGAAGCUGUGGUUUUGCUGCCCGGUGAGGUGCCCGAUGAGCAAGAUGUUGUUGUGGUGAAUGGUUUAAAUGGUUUCUCCAGCAGCAGCAAUAAUGUGAAUGUGCCUGACAGCAGCAGUCAUCGGCGUGGCCCCAGUGUCGGCUCGUCAAUGACAGAGAAUACGACGUCUCAAUCGCCACCGUUGGUGGAUGACGAUGAGCAGGAUGUGCAAAUUUGUUAUGACGAACUGCCGGAUAUAUUGAAUGAUGAGCAGAACUUUGGUCCGGAGUUGGUGAAGAGUGAUUUUGCUGCGGUAGAACCGGAGGCGGAGACCGCUACUGAUAGGCGUUUUAGCGCAACGAGUCUCAACGAAGAUGUGCGUGAUCAGGUCCGCCAUUUGGUACGUCGCUUUACCGCACGCGCCAAUAAAGUAAAGUCACGCAUCGAGUUGCCGCCCACACCGUCGAGCAGCAACAGCGCCGAUGCCAGCACUAGCACCAGCACCGGUGGCUCGGCGUCACCUGUACGCUCACUUCCGGCCACUUUGAAAUCGCUGAGUACAACACGAGAGAAUUCGCCUUUCAAAACCCGACUGAAAGACGCGGCCAAGUCAUUGAAUCGUGGUCGGCUCUUCGAGGCCGAUACAUCGCGUUCGAAUGUCUGGAUCUGUUCGAGUUUGUGCGGUAGCAAUAAUGAGGAGAAGACGCUCGAUCCGCAGGGUAAAAUUUACAUAUCGUGGUUGUGUGUGGUCUCAAUAUCGUUCCUCUACAAUGCUUGGGUUAUACCGUUACGUUCUACGUUUCCAUUUCAAACACCGGAAAAUACGAACUCGUGGUUGAUUUGUGAUUUCUGUGCGGACAUUAUUUAUCUGUUGGAUGUGAUAUUCUUCAAGCAUCGCAUAAUGUAUCUAUUCGAGGGAUUCUGGGUGAAGAAUAAGAAUUUGACGCGUAAGAAUUACAUGAGGAAACUGCAAUUUAAGCUGGAUUUGCUCGCCUUACUUCCUCUGGAGCUUUUUUAUUUAAAAUAUGGCACCGGCGCUGUUUAUCUGCGCUUUCCACGCCUGUUCAAAAUACAAAGUUUCUGGGAGGUUUUUAAGUUGUUGGAUCGUGUUAUAUCUUCGCCACAUUUCGUACGCGUCGCUAAGACCCUAACCUAUAUGUUGUAUAUGAUUCACUUAACGGCUUGCUCAUACUAUGCCUACAGUGAUUAUCAAGGCUUAGGCGUGAAUCGUUGGGUUUUCAGCGGUAAAGGACAUCCCUAUGUACGUUGCUUUGCCUUCGCGACCAAAACAGCGACAUCUAUUGGCAAAAAUCCAAAACCCGAACGCGAAGGUGAAUAUGUUUUCAUGACCGCCGCCUGGCUAAUGGGUGUCUUCGUAUUUGCUUUGCUGAUUGGUCAGAUACGCGAUAUCAUUUCGACAGCGACGCGUAAUAAGAAUGAAUAUCGUCAAUUAGAAGACGAGACCUUGGAGUAUAUGCGACGUCUGAAUUUACCUAGUGAGGUGCAGGGUCGUGUAAAAAUGUGGUUUAAGUUUACCUGGGAGCAACAGCGCACAUUGGAUGAAGCCAACAUUUUGGACUCAUUGCCGAUCAACUUGAAGACGGACAUCGCUAUCGCCGUGCACAUACAGACACUCUCGAAAGUACAGCUUUUUGCCGAUUGCGAGGAGGCACUACUACGUGAUUUGGUCUUGAAGCUGCGCGCUGUAACCUUUCUGCCGCGCGAUUACGUUUGCCGCAAAGGCGAAGUGGGUCGUGAAAUGUAUAUCAUCAAGCUGGGACAGGUACAGGUGAUGGGCGGCCCGAAUAGUGACAUUGUCUUGGCCACACUCUCAGAAGGUUCGGUCUUUGGCGAGAUCAGCUUGUUGGGCAUAAAUGGCGCCGAUCGGCGCACAGCCGAUGUACGCGCCAAAGGCUAUGCCAAUCUCUUCGUACUCUCCAAAUCCGAUCUGAACGAAGUGAUCGCCUACUAUCCGAACGCACAAGCGAUGUUGAAGAAACGCGCACGCACGCUGAUGCGUAAGAAUGCGGCGCGCGAACGUGAGGAAGAACGCGCCAAGAGCGCGCUGAAAGCCGAUGUGGUAAUUAGUAAUCCAAAAACACCCGAGACGCCGCCGAAACUGUUGAAGACUGUCAUACAGGCAUUACCAUAUGAGUCACCCGCUGUAAUGCUGAUCACGCGCGGCUCCAAGCGCAUGCGCAAGAAGAGCAGACCCAAUGCGCUGGCCAGCAUCGAGGAUGAGGAGCUUGAAAAGGCCCACGCGCCAAAUGAGCAGCGUGCGGCCCUAAUGGGCGCGGCAGCGAUUGCGGCUGCCGGUAGGCGUGCCAAUUCGCCCGAUCUGUUGUCAUCCAUACAAAACGAGCUGAAGACCAAGCAUAGCUUUAUCAAUUUAACUGAUUCACAGAAAGCAUUAAUCAUAUCGAAAUCCAAUAAUAGUUUAAUUGAGCUGCCGCAGCAGCACACCCAUGGGGAGGAGCUUCCACUGCGUAGCAAAGGAACCGUUUAAGAGUGCCAUUACACACACGACGACGAGCUUUAUAAAUAUGCUAAAAUAUGGAAAAGUCUUAAAAAAAAAAACAAAAAAACUUGUUAAACAUAAGCAAGUCUGCAAUAAAAAUUAAAAUUUUAUUAUUGUGACAAUUGAUGUUCUGAAAUUGCGGUGCUGAACGCAACACUUACAUAUGUAUAUAACAUUGAACCGGUUAUAAACCGUUAACUGUUAAACAUACAUGCAACUACAACAAAUGUACGCUUCAAUCAAAGAUUUAUGCAAAUAAUUUUCAUUUCGUUUUUAUUUCCAACUUUGCUGUGACGAAAUCACAUUAAAUUCAAGUUGUAGUAAUUAAUAAAAAAAACACAUGUUGUUUUAUGUAACAAAGCAAGAAAUAUUAGCAUAAUUUUGUUUUUUUUUUGUUUCAGUCUGUUUUCUUAACUUAAAUGCUAAGCAUUCGAUUUAACGGGUUCGCGCAUCCUUGUAGUGCUUCUCGUUGUCGGAUGUGUCCAAACGAAUGGAGUAUUUGGGUAUCAACGAACCCUCAACGGUAGCCUCACCAUUCUCAUCGAACUGUGGUCCAUCGCCGAUCUCUUGUGUAUCUUCCUUGACGACACGGUAACCAUUUUCAUCGGCUUCAUAGUAUACGGUACGCAUAACAAAACCGUCGCGGUACGAGUACAUGCCCUUGACCUGGAAGUAAGAGAAAGAAAAGAGUGUUCAAUUCGAAAUAAAUAUACUUCGAAAAUAACUUAAAAUCUCAUAUUCGAAUAAUUCAUAUCAUCUCAUUUCAUAACCUCUAAACUCAUACGAACAGAGAUCUACUCAAUUAUCGUGUCCUAAAAUCUCCUCGGAUCUCAUUUUAAAAAUCCAUAUCAUCUCAUUUCCUAACCUCUAAACUCAUAUAAACCGAGCUCCACUCAAUAAAAGUGUCUUAUCUUCCUUCUAAUAAUACCAAGUCAUCGCAAUUUAUAAUUUUACUUAACAACUUGGACUGCUUAUCACAUUCUAAUACGUCUUCUGGAGUUAUGUCUACAAUUUCCUUCGAAAAACUUUCAUAAAACACUUUCCUAAAACCACGCCAAACCUCUCGAAAGAUCGGAAGUGAAGUUAUCAUAGACUAUGUGGUAUAUAAAAUCAAGACAGUUACUGAAAUCAUUGCUUUAGGGAAGCAGGUCACCUAUCGUAAGAUCGAAAGGCGAUCAUUAUAGACUUCUAUGGAUCAAGAGAGUUACUGAAAUCAUUGACUCUGGAGGCAGUUUCUGUAACUGAAAGAUCUAAAUACUAGCGGCUUAAAUUGCUCGAGAGAAAUGUAGUUUAAUGACUGGAAAAGUAGGAUUUGAUUGAAAGAAACUUGUUGGAAUACUACUGGUUGAAACUGAGAGUUAAAGAGAU